CCUGCCGGACAUAGGCGAGGAGUGGGCCUCGGACAGCGACUCGGAGGACCGUGGGGAAGCAAGAGGACUGUCAGAAGGAUCUGGAAAGCACAGUUUUGUUGUCAAAAGCGAAGAUCCCUUACCUACACAUUUUACAAGAAAUGUGCAGAAGGCCAUUGAUAAAUACACCGGCGAAUCCUUGUCGUCCUCCCCAUCGAGCGGCAGCGCCACGCCGGCAGGUGCCCACAACUCGUGGUCUGAGUCGGAGACCCACAGUUCCGCCAGUGGCUUAUCCACGGAGAGGGGCUCCAUUUACUCUUGGAGAGAUGAUGAGUUUGACCAAGCCAAUGCGCAGAAAGUACAGCAGUUAUUCUGGGAGGUGGAAGAAAUGUUAUUCGAAGGGAAGGGAAGCCCUCAGACUCAGAAUCUAGAGGCCGAAUGCGGCGAGUGGGCAAGAAGAUCGCUCCAUCUGAGAGUAUUAGGAAGACAGCUCAUAAUGCCGACCGAUGAAGGGUUCCAACAUUUCCAGGGCAACCAGCCGGGUUCCGCGGUCCACACACCCUUCCUGGAUGCCUGCAGACGCAGCCACAGCAGCAGAGAGCUGUGUGUCUCUGGCUCUCAGAUUCUCCCGGGGGUGUGCCCCGCCCCUGCCCCGCCCGGCCCUGCCUGCACACGGCCUGCUGACCUGCUGGCAUGGGCACCCCUGGAAGAAGAGGUGUAUGGUGUGGAUGGAAAGAUGGAAGAAUAUUUUGCUUUUGACAGAAAAGAAGAGGGUGAUGAAUGUCCUGAACGAAAAGCAGGUCAUCGUCACAGGAUGUGGCACAAACACGGACUUCCUCCUGUUUCUCCUCCUGACUGUAUCAGAGGUGCCGUGGCUGCAGAAGUGUUUGAUCACGUCUGGACAGAUGUGGUCCAACUAUUGGAAGAGCUGAUUAGAAAACACUGGGAAGUUUCCCUCCCAGGAAAGAAACAGAAAGAAAAAUUGAAAGUAGCUGAGAAUAAAUCUCCACUUAUGCUCAUUUCUCGUAUGAACACUGAUGCAUUGAGUGUUCCCCCAUCCAGAGGCUCUGAAGCCCGGAGUAUAUCCCUGGCCCCUCAUCUUAACCCACCUCAGGUUCAUCGCUUCUCCAACAAUUUUUACAGUGAUUUGAGUGGUGUGAUGACAAUUCAAGCAAAGCCUCUUCAGCAGAGACCUACCUAUUUUGCAGAUAGAACACAGAAUGAGCAAGAAGACAAAUCACUGGGCGUGGGGGCCAGUGCUCCGUCUUUGGCCCGGCACCGUCUGGGACGCGUCUUGGAUGCUCGCGGACUCCACGCUUCCUCAAGAAAAGCAGCUGCCCAUACGAGGCUGCCGUCUCUUACUUCAGACCCCCAGAGAAUGAGAACCCCCAAUGUGCACAGUGACGAGGUCCUUAGGGGCACAAAGCUGCAAACCGGCCCAGACCGGGGGUCCCCCCCGCCAGCGCAGGCCUCCCGGAGCAGGUUACCCCCCAUCGGCUCAGAGACUGGUGAGCAGAAUGUCGCAGUUCCCGGAUCUCGACCUCUUCCUUACAGAGGGAGGCAUCCUCAAAACCGUGUGUUAAGCGCAGUACCUGACAGUUUACAACGCUCGUCUCUUCGAGAAAGGUCUCUGACCACGGAACAGUUUUCAAGGCCCAGCACAACCCAUACAUUUCGGUUAGAUACUCCUCGAAAAGGUUCAUUGACCCUGAUGGAAUUUGCAGGCCACACAUGGACAAGUCAAAGUCUAUUGACAGGUUCGCAGCAUCCACCAAAAUCUUUCCAGAGGACGACUCUGACUUCAAGAAAGAGAUUCCAGGUGGCAUCUUGAUGGAACUGGGAGCAGUCAGUCUCAGCAUGCCAUUUACCACAGGAAUAAUGGAAAAACAAGUAUUAUACUAUGUAUCUGUUUGUCUGACAGGGGACCUGAGCCCAUCUCAGAGAAACGCAAGCAAAUAAACAACUUAGUUUUGAACCCUCGCA